ACUCCAUCACUACUGCACACAUUAUUUGUCCUUAUACUAUGUCUUCUGUAGUCUUGUAGGGUUUCAUUAUCAUUUAAUAAUCCAACCUAGUCAGUCCUCCACGUGCUCCUGGGGACUCCAACCCCUACUUCAUUGCCAUAACAUACACACACCAUCUUCUUCAUUUACGUUACCCAUUGACCCAUUCUCUCUCUCUCUCUCACUCACAAACACCAUCAACAACACAACCCAUCAAGAUCAAGAAAGGUACCAAGAAACCCAGAUUGAAAAAGCUUAGAUCUUUGUGGGGUCUAACCCAAAUCUUGAAUCUUUAUUAUCUUGAUCAUCUUGAAACCAUGGAUGGGUUGCAAGAAGACAGUGGUGAUGGAAGCAUGUUAUGCACUGAGCACCCAUUCAAGAACAACACACCAGCUGGUGGCAUUUGUGCAUUUUGUCUUCAAGAAAAGUUAGGCAAGUUGGUGUCUUCUUCUUUCCCUAUUGCUGUCUUCCCUUCAUCUUCUUCUUCAUCACCUUCUUUCAGAUCUGACAUUGGCACCACCACCACCACCACCACUUUAUCUUCUUCUUCUGCUGUAAUACCACCACCACGUUUGACAAACUCAAACUCAACAAACACCAUUAUCAACCCUAGUAACUGUCACUAUCAUGAUAAUAUUCAUAACCAUCAUUCUCAUUCUAACCGGUCCCGGAUACUUUAUCUUCUGGGUCAAAAGAAGAAGAAAAAGAAAGAUCUGGGUGAUGGUGUUCAUGGUGCAGAUCGAAACAAUAAUCUUGUAUUCAAAAGAAGCAAGUCCACAGCUGCUGUACCUAGACGUCUGCAUUACAUGAAUGGUGAGAUUGCCGAUGGAAUGACCACCACAACAACUACUCCUCAUAAACGUGGGUUCUGGUCGUUUCUCUACUUACAAAAACACUCAAACUCCUCAUCUAUCAACCGCAAAACUUUCAGAGACAUUUCAUCAAACAGCAUGCGUGCAUCGGUCACUUCUUCUUUCGCUAACGUCCACAGAUCUCAACCUGCAGAUAAUAUCAUUGUGGUUGAAGAAAACGGAAGCCCAUGUCACGCAUCCUUCGAUCGGAAAGUAUCCAGAUCCAGAUCCGUCGGGUGCGGCAGCCGGAGCUUUUCCGGCGACUUCUUUGAACGAAUCUCAACCGGUUUCGGCGACUGUACUCUCCGGCGCGUGGAGUCCCAACGCGAGGGAAAAGUCAAACCGUCAACCAUCCGAUCCAACGGUCAAGAUUGCAUCCAAGAACGAGCCAGGUGCGGCGGUUUAUUUAGUGGUUUCAUGAUAACUUCAUCGUCUUCGUCUUCCUCUUCAUCUUCUAACUGGGUCGGUUCGAAUACGAAUGAAGGGAAUGUAACCGGAAAAGUGACGUCAGCGGCUGCCGGAACAGGUCAGCAUGCUCGGAGCAAGAGCUGGGGAUGGGCGUUAGCAAGUCCGAUGAGAGCAUUCAGUAAACCGGCAUCAAGCAAGAAGAAGAACCCUACACCAAAUUUGAAUGCUAUUCCUUCAUUGUUGUCUGUUGGAAGUUGAAGAUAUUUUUCUUUUAUUUUUCAUUUAAUUUUUUUUUGGUUUUAUUUUUUUUAUAAAAUGGUUGGGUUGUAGAAUUACUCAAUGUUUUAAAAACUGGUUCAAAUCGGCCGGUUAAACCACUGGGUUGAACCGUUCAAUACACCUGGUUAAACCGUUUCUGAAUCAAAUCCAUAACGGUAAAAUUAAACCGUUUCUGAGUCAAAUCUAGAACGGUAAAAAAACCAGAUUUUAAAACAUUGUUGGAAUCCACUGUUUUAUGAGAAAAGGGAUCAAGAAAAUAAGGUAAAUGGAAAAUGAAAGUGGUGUGAAGUAAUAAUAUAUUGUAAGGUAGUGAAAUCACCAUUAUACCCUUUCUAAGUACACAUUUUGUUUCUAUCAUUGUUUCUAUAUGACCAUGUUUGUUUAUGGAUUGA